CAACAUCAACUGCAGCAGUGAACAACAUGCGUGGAUUCGUGAUUGUGGCGAGCUGUCUAGUGGCGGUCAACGCCGGAGAUUAUGGAGGUUACGAUCUCGGAGGAUACGGAGGCGGCCACGGCCACGAGCACGGUUACAUCAAGGAUAUCACCAAGAUCAUCACUAAAGCCGUGCCCCAACCCUACCCGGUCCCGGUGCCGAAACCUUACCCAGUCCACAAGAUCAUCCCCGUGCCUCACACCGUGCACGUUCCUAAGCCGUACCCCGUCCCCGUGAAGGUCCCCGUUGUGAAGAGGAUUCCUCAGAUCGUGCACGUGCCCAAACCCUACCCCGUCCCCAAGCCCUACCCCGUCCACAAGAUUGUCCCAGUUCCCGUCUCGGUUCCCAUCUACAAGGACGCCCCCUACCCGGUCUACAAGCACGUCCCAGUCCCGGUCCACAAGCCCGUCGCCAUCCCGGUUAAAGUGCCCAAAUACGUGCCCUACCCCGUCCACAAGGUGAUCCACGUGCCCCAUCCCGUCGAGGUUCCCGUCAAGGUCCCCGUCUACAAGCAGGUCUACGUCAAGAAACCCGUCGUCGUUCCUGAGCCCGUUUACGUGAAGGAGUCCUACGGACACGGUCAUGGAUGGUAAACUCCACAGGAGGAGAACGGUGCGGCGGAUUGUCUGCCUGAGAUCAUCAUCUGUCGAUUGCGAUAGUCUACACCGAUAAAAACUCAAAAACCAACCCUCAAAUAGGAGGAGGAAAACAACAAAAGCAACCCAAAGCCAUGUGUAUACUCUCGUGUGUAAAUAAAAUACAAUAAUAAAAACAUUCCCCCCUU